AAAGUAGGUUUGGUUAUUUUAUUUCGGUUAAGAAAUAUAUAAAACGAAAGUUAAAAAUAUUUUUCAUCACAUGUUAAGGAGACAUUUCGAAUUCAUUGCUGUAAUGAUGCUUUUAAUUAUAACGAUUGUAUUGAUCGUAGUAAAAUAUGGAUUACUGAAGAAAGUAGUAGUAAAAAACGACUAUAUACCAUUGAAGAGAGUGUGUAAGCGUCCGCGUACUCAGGAUGACGAUCCGUGUAGAACACAAACGAACGCUUUGAUAUCAUUAAGGAUAAUAUCUCCUUUUAGUUCUAAUUAUUGCGCAGGCAGCUUAAUCGCUCCGAAAUGGGUAUUGUCCUCAGCCCAUUGCUUUAAGGAUCUAGACAACGGACCAUUCUUUGCUAUUAAAUCUAAUGAUGCAUAUAAUAAAUAUUUAACAACUAGCUUAAAACCUUCUAAAGUACAAAAAGUAUUUAUUCAUCCUAACUAUACCAAACUAGAUCAUCAAAAUGAUAUAGCUCUGGCAAAAUUAAAAACUGGCUUCAGGGGUCCGUAUAUUAAACUAAAUACUGUUAAAGGGACUGUACCAUGUGAGGUAGUUACAAUGAUUGGAGUGGGGCGGACUAAUUUGAAAUUUUCAUUUGAGAAACCUCCUAAACCAAUAUGUGUAGACGUAUCAAUGAUAAGCAUUCCUCACUGCUCACUACAGAAUACAAUUCCUGCUGAAUUAAUGGAGGGGAAGUACUGUACGACCACAGGUUGCUAUAAAGGCGAUUCAGGAGGACCACUUUUAUGUAACGAUAUACAGGUUGGUAUUGUGUCUACAGAUGUAUCCGUCAAUAAGCCAGUACUUCAUACAAAAGUUGAUAUCUACUAUGAAAGUUUUAUUAGACCAACUAUAAAGUCUAAUCCUGUUGUUAAACAUGUUAAUGUUAAAAAGAAAAGUAUUAUCAAAAAGAAAAAUAAUGUUAAAAGGAAAAGUAAUGUUAAACAGAAAACUGUUGUAUUAUAAUCUGUCA